ACCCCGUAUUGUUCUCAUGCGCUGGUUGUUCAGGGUUUUCAAUAUUGGCAUUGCAUCUCUAGGGGCGUUGAAUUCAAUUUCCCAUUGCCUAAAACAAAAUUUUGAAGAACAGAGAGAGAGAGAGAGAGAGAGUAACAUAUACCACUGUAAGAUGAUUUUUGGUUAUUCAAAGCAAAUUAAAUAAACAUGUACACUCAUAAGUUUGAGGAGUAGAAAACUCCUAGCAAUAGCACUGAUAUACAUAUGCUGCCCUUGUUUACUUAUUUUAUGGACAUAAGUGACACUGACUUGCUGACAUACGAUAUUAGGUAGCAUCUUUUCCUCAUUAUUCGCUGUCAUAUUUAUUUUUUUAAGAAUAUAGAAAUGUAGACUACAGUCCAAACCCCGUAUUGUCAGGGUAUUCAAUAUUGGCAUUGCAUCUCUGGUGUGGUUGAAUUCAAUUUCCCAUUUCCUAAAACACAAAUUUGAAGAGCAGAGAAAGAAACAUAUCCCAGUUGUAAGAUGAGUGAACUGCUCAACAAGAUGUGGAAGGCGCUUCUCAAGGAAGCCAAGAAGGAAAACCUGAACCCUGGAGAUCACAUCUACACAAGGACAGGAGCCAAUACAGAAGACCAUGGAAUAUAUUUGAACACUGGAUGUGUGAUUCACUUCACUCAAGGUCGACGAGGAGCAACGUCAGACGAUCUUCAUAGUAUAUGUCCAAAUUGCAGUGACCAAGCUGGGGUCACUUCCUGCAUAGAUUGUUUCCUUUCUGGUCGAGAUCAUCUGUAUCUCUUUGAAUAUGGUGUUAAUCCAGCUUGCAUCCUCACCAAGCUCGCAGGAGGUGCAACUCUUGCACCUGCUGAUCCAUCUCCACUUGUGAAGAACCGUGCGUCUAGUUUCCUAGUAAUUAAUAGCAAUGACUCCAGUAGCUACUACCGUUUCAUAAACAAUGGUAAAGACUUUGCAAUUUACUGCAAAACGGGCUUGCUAGUGAUAGAUAACAUAAAUUUCAGCAGAAGUUGGCAAGCUGCAGCUUUUUUCUUGGCUGUUACUGUCACUUUCUGUCUUUUUUUGCAGCAAACAACGGCUGCAACUUUUACUGGUGCGGCAGCUACAUGUUUUGGCUUAUACUGUAUUUAUAGAUUUGGUUCUGAUAUCGGAGCCCGUCCUAAUGUUAUUAAAGUGGAUCAAGUAGAGACAUUGCUUCAUGCUGCUGAGGAAUUGUCUUCUGCUGCGUCGGGUUUCAGACCUAUUCAAUCCUUAAUUGACCUGUUCAUAGUAUUGCUGAUGACUCUUUUCAAUAUUCCGUUACUAUUAACAGUACGAACGUGGUCGGGGCCGCGUCAACUGCUGUCUGAGACUCCUCGAGUGGUCUGGAUUCUAGCAUGUAUCGUACUUUGCUACCUAGCAAUAUUACAAAAAAGGCUACUUUCGAACAAGAUACAUAAAAAGCAGCUGAAGCCUGGAGAUCACAUCUACGCAUGGAGGGGCUUCUCCCGCAGAGCCCAUGCCCAUCAUGGCAUAUAUGUCGGUGACAUUCACGGACAGAAAGAAGUGAUCCACCUUGUUCGUGCAGGAGACCCUAUUUUACCCAGCUCCUCCGCCACCAGUAAUCAAGCAGAGAGAACUCAAGGAGACCCUAUUUUACCCAGGUCCUCAGUCACCAGUAAUCAAGCAGAGAGAACUCAUGUGAAUUAUUGCAGCCUAGAAGAUUUUCUUAAUGGUGAUGAACUCUAUCUCUAUAAAUAUGGCGUUAGUCUUGCUUUCUUUAUAGCCAAAACUCGAGGAGGGACCUGUACCCUUGGCUCUGCUGAUCGUCCUGACUCGGUCUUGUACCGUGCCGAGGGUGCUUGCCAAAGGCUUCAAGGCUACGAUACAUACAACCUUAUCAACAACAAUUGUGAAGACUUUGCAAUACAUUGCAAAACAGGGUUGUCUUUGAGAACAGGAAGUAUUAAAUGUGGCAGGAGUGGGCAAAUUGCAUUUUUCUUUGGUGUGGUUUGUGCUGGCAUCAUUUGGUUACUUACAUUCAAGAUUUACAAUCCUAUUCAUGUGGCUGCUACAUUUUAUUUCAUCAACUCUAUGUUUAGAUUUGUUGCUGAUACUACACGUAAUCCGAAAGCUUAUCAAGUUGGACUUAAGAUAGUGCCACCUUUGAGACGUCAUGGUCGAUGUUUUUGGCUAGAGCCUCAAUUCAAGUCUCUUGAAGGCAAGAAGUUACUAUUCUGAAAGAGAAUCAAAGCAACUAAAAUCGUGGAUUAAUUUAUGAUUUAUGUGGGAUUUAUAUGGGGUUAUUGGUUGAAAAAUUAUUAAUACUUGCUGUUUUGGAUGUUAAGCAUAUAAACUUAAAAUUUUUGUUGUGAUUUAGUAUGCAAGUAUU